AUGUUGAAGGACCGAAGAUCCUACUGUGCGAUUCCUUACGAGAUACAUAGCUACUCCACAUAUGCUUCCGUGUAUGUGCCAAACAAUAUCAAAAGAAACGACCCCAUGGAUCCCAACUCAAGGUGGUCCACGUCAACCAAUGAUCAUCUCCAAUACAUCAUCCUGAAAGUCCCCCCAAGUCUUGUUGUGACCAUUACGUUCGGAAAAUACAACAAGAUGCAUGUAUCCAAUGUCAAGAAGAUGAGAAUAAGUGUUUCUGAGGAUGGAGUUGAGUACAAAGAGGUCUUGUGUGGAGGGCUAAAAAAUGAUUCUGAAAUGGAAACCUUCAAUCUCCUUGUGAAAGACGAGGCAUACUACAUUGCCCAGUAUGUCAAGAUCGAGCCUCUGGCCGCAUGGGGUGUCAACUUUAGUUAUUCAUUGUGGUUUGUUGAGCUCCGGGGGAUUAUGGAUGUUGAGAAGUUUAUUAGAUAUAACGAAAUGAUUGUGUUCGGGAGAUCAAUGAGAAGUUGCUUGAGAUUUCUUAGAGAUAGUGGAUUCAGAGAUGUUUAUGAGAUCCUUGAGAAAAGAAGCUCAGAUAAAAUCGAGGAUGAAGUUGUAAAGCACAUAAGAAAGUUGCUGGAAAGUCACAGAUACGAAGAUGUGGAGGCGGUUUUAGACAAGUUGGAUCCAUGUGUUUUCCAAGGGUUCAUAGACAAUUCUCCAUACACACUUGUGUGGACAGAGAUACCAAGGACUGAAGUAUGGCCAUGUGAGAGAGGAGGGCAUCAAAUGGCUGAGAUGGAUGGAAGCUUGUAUGUCUAUGGAGGAUGGAACGGGGUAGAGGAGCUUGAGGAUUUUUGGAGAUACAAAGAUGGGGAAUGGACUGAGAUCAAAGUGGAUGGGAGAACACCCGGAAAAAGAAGUUGCCACAGGAUGAUCUCUAACAAGUCAAAGCUUUAUCUGAUGGGGAAGUAUAUUCCUUUGUCCUCUCGUAAAGCUUUUUCAGGAAGAUCAGAUAUCUGGGCUUUUGAUGGGGAGUGGAAAGUUAUAAAUAUGAAUGAUGAGGGAGGGCCGGGGAAUAUAUAUGACCAUCAAAUGGUUGCUACCGGAGAUAAGUUAUGUGUUUUUGGAGGGAGAUCGACUGAAAGGGAGGACAUAUAUUCUGGACUCUAUAUGUUUUCCCUUGAUGAUACAUCUCCAAGCUAUGAAGAUGAAGAAGAUGUCCUUGAAGAUUACCAAAAAAUGAAUGAGAUGGAAAAGGCUGCUUUUGGGCUAGAUGGAAGAUACAAGAAUGCUAGCAAUCCGGUCAGAAGAAAAGAACAACUUUCUGGAUCCAUCUGUGUUAGGGAAUCAUCAUUUGGAUCGAGAGUUUUGCAUGAGAGUAUAACAGAUGAAUCUAAUUCAAGGCAUGAGCUUUCGACGUCGUCAUCAGGCCUGGUUAUAAGUAGAUGGACCAUGGUAAGGUCUGACACGGUACAGCCACCCAACACACCUUCUUUGAAGUCUAGAUUAGGGCACAGCAUGGUGUUUAUUCCUCCAGACUAUAUCGAAGGUAGCAUUUAUAACAACAGCCUUGCAAUUAUAGGGGGGCAGAGAAAUAAGAAUUCAAUAAGAGAGAUUCUCUUUUACAGCCUUGAUACAGAUACCGUUUACCAAAGUGUGCCGUUUCCUAUAAAUGGAGACGGGAAGAUUAUCCAGCGGGGUCUUCUUUAUUUGUCAGAGAUUGUUGUUCUUUUUUGCCAUGGAAAGGAAAAGGAAGGGAAGCUUGAGAGCAUAGAUGUAUAUACCUACUCCCUUACUAGAAAAAGAUGGACAAAGGUGAUUGCCAAAACUCGAGCAGAGACGGGGGUGGAUAUUAAACCACUUUCAAGGUCUGCACAUCAGUUUAUUCAGAUGAACGGAUGGUUUUAUCUGUUUGGAGGGAAUGUGUCUGAGAGGACGGACCGGCGUGUGAACGACAUGUGGGUAUUUAGGCUCGAAAAGAAAACAAACAAGGAGAUCCGCCAUCUAUCAAAGUUUCUUGUCAGGAAGCACAAAUAUCUCCAUCUCCUUGGGAUUGAUGAGAAGAAGGCUGUCGAUUAUCUUAGAACCUCUGUGCUGAGCAUGGCUGUUGACGAAGACACAAGAGAGAUUUUUGAAGACUUGUGCCGUGAAGUGUACAAGAGAAAGAUCUUUACGGAUCCUGUUGAGGAUAUAUGUAGAUUACUAUCAGCAAAAGAAUAUUAA